AUGCGAGCGGCUUUGAUGUGGACAAUUAAUGACUUUCCUGCAUAUGGCAUGUUGUCUGGAUGGGGUACACAUGGUAAAAUGGGAUGUCCGCAUUGCAUGAAUCACACAAAAGCGUUUACUUUGGACUUUGGUGGGAAAAGUUCGUGGUUUGACUGUCAUCGUAGGUUCUUACCUACCAACCAUGAAUUUAGAAGGAAUAAAGAUGCUUUUAGAAAAGGAAUAAAAGUAAAAGAUCUACCUCCCCCUCGAUUGUCAUCGACUCAAGUAUGGAAUAAUGUUUGUGACCUACCAAAAUUCACAGACUAUGGUGAAGCACGUAGAAUUAAAGGAUAUGGGGUUGACCAUAAUUGGACAAAAAGAAGUAUCUUUUGGGACCUCCCAUAUUGGAAGGAUAAUUUUUUGCGUCAUAAUCUUGAUGUUAUGCAUAUUGAGAAGAACUUCUUUGAUAAUGUGCUUAACACGGUGAUGGAUAAUGAGAAGACAAAAGACAAUGAGAAGGCUAGGAAAGACAUGGAACUUUAUUGUAAUCGAAAAGAAUUGGAGUUGAAACCUCGACCAAACGGAAAAUUAUUAAAACCCAAGGCUUGUUACACUCUUACUCCCCAAGAAGCAAAAGCUGUAUGUCGGUGGUUAAAUGAAUUGAGGAUGCCUGAUGGUUAUUCUUCUAACCUGGCAAGAUGUGCUGACGCCAACACUGGGAAAUUGCAUGGAAUGAAAAGUCACGAUUGUCAUAUUUUCAUGGAACGAUUACUUCCAAUUGCAUUCAGUUCACUGCCCAAGAAUGUGCUUAAUCCACUUACUGAGAUCAGUCAAUUUUUUAAAGACAUUUGUGCUUCAACUUUAAGAGUAGACGACAUCAUUAAAUUGGACCGAAAUAUUCCGGUCAUUCUUUGCAAGUUGGAGCAAAUAUUCCCGCCAGGUUUCUUUGAUUCUAUGGAGCAUCUCCCUGUGCAUCUUGCUUAUGAAGCUUUUCUAGGUGGACCUGUUCAAUAUAGAUGGAUGUAUCCAUUUGAACGAUUCAUGGGUGAUUCAAAGCGAUCAGUUAAAAAUAAGGCACGAGUUGAGGGAUCAAUUUGUGCACAUUAUAUACAUCGCGAAACAUCACAUUUUUGCUCUCAUUAUUUCAAUCACAUGAUGUUGUCUCCAAGAAUCAUAAGGAACGAAGUUCACUUCAGUGAAAGAAGUCAAUUUACCUUAUCAAUUUUCGGUCGUCCAGGCCGUCCCGCAGGAAAGAAGAGUGAGCAUUGGCUUUCACAAAAAGAAAUGCAAUCUGCUCAUGUUCAUGUGCUGAUUAACUGCGUUGAAGUUAAACCAUAUCUUGAGGCAUUUGGUACCUACUAUUAUCAAAGCACAGGCGAACAACCAUCGACUGGUUACACACAUGCCUAUUUUCCAACAUGGUUUAAGCAACAAUUAUCAUGUAUUGUUACACUAAGUCCUGACUUAAUACAUUUGCGAAAUUUGUCUGAAGGCCCUAUUCAACGUGUAAAUGAAUGGCACACAUAUUUUGUAAACGGUUAUAAAUUUCACACUGAGGAAUGGAGUGUAGGGAAGAAAACCGUAAACAGUGGUGUAGUCGUAAAAGGAGUUACAGAGGGUGGUGAGGACGACUUCUAUGGGGUUAUCACACAUAUUUACGAGUUGGUUUAUAAUUAUAUGGACUCGGAAAAUAAAGUUGUCUUAUUUUAUUGUGAUUGGUAUGAUCCAUCUUCUAGAGGAACAAAAAUUGAUAAAAAGUAUAACAUUGUUGAGAUCCGAAGAGAUAGAAAGUACAAAGAGUAUGACCCUUUCAUUAUGGCACAUAAUGUUAGGCAAGUUUAUUAUGUACCUUAUCCUUCAAUUACCCCACGGAAACGAGAAUGGUGUGUUGUAAUCAAGUCCAACCCAAUGGGUCACAUUGAGACUGAUGAGUUAAUGGAAGAUGUUGCAUACCAACAUGAUGAGAUUUCACCUGAAAAAAUGCCACCCAAGAAAGAUGAAAAAGGUAAGGGUCAACAAAAGCCUCGUCGCACUAGAUUCAUUGUAGAGGAGGUUCCUAACUCAGAUAUGUUCGUUCCUAUGCCACGCUCUACUCCACGCUCUACUAUACCGCCUAUGCAUCCUACACCGCCUAUGCAUCCUACACCGUCUAUGCAUCCUACACCGCUUAUGCAUCCUACACCGCCUAUGCAUCCUACACCGCCUAUGCAUCCUACACCGUCUAUGCAUCCUACACCGCCCAUGUCUGGAUCUUUCACUGGAUUACUAUCCAUGCCCCCUGGAUCAGGUUUUUUUUGUCCUCCUGGAUACUCUUACCCCACAUAUUUUCCUACGGAGACAGGUGGAUCUAGCAUGCCAUUACCCAUGCAUAUGGGGACAGGUGGAUCUGGUAGCAUGCCAUUACCCAUGCAUAUGGAGACAGGUGGAUCUAGCAUGCCAUUACCCAUCCCUUCAGAGGAUGAUACCAGUGCUCCUGGAGAUACCAGUGCUCCUGGAGAUACCAGUGCUCCUGGAGAUACUAGUGCUGAGGAGCAAACGAAGAGGAAGCGUAUUUUGAAAAAAAAUACGACUCAAAAAAUUAAGUAUCAUGAGGGCAGACUAAUCAUUUAUCCCGAUGCAGGAUCAAUUGUUCCCUCACAUCAGGCAGUAUCGAUCAUAACAAAUAUUAUAAAAGAGAAGUACACACAAUUCUGGCCGUCUUAUGGAGCUGUACAUGAAGAUGAAAAGGAAAAAUGGUUUCAGGCAUUUCAGGAGCAUUGUGUUUGGGAUGUUAGAGAUGAGGCCGCGAUUAAAGAAAACUUUAACACAAAAUGUGCUGCUCGAUUUUCUGAUACCAUGAGGAAUGUUAGACUUAAAUGGGAAGCAAAAGGGACACGUCCACGUUGGAUAGGAGAAGAUAUAUUCCCAAAGCUUAUUGAUCAUUGGAAUUCUGAUAAGUUUAAGGAAAUAUCUGAGCAGGCAAAGAAAAAUAGAGCAUCUGAAGUUGGUGGCUGCAACUACGCAGCGGGAAGUAUUAGUGUGGCUGAAGUUGCGCGAAGGAUGCGUGAAGAAUUAGGCAGAACUCCACUCCUUAAUGAGCUCCACAUGGAGACUCAUCUCAAGAGAAAUGGAGAGUUUAUUGACGAGCGCGCAAAAAUCACUCAAGAGAAUUUUGAUAAAGAACUUGCCAUAAAGUUGUCAGAGCAUCCUGAAAUACCCCAACCACCACCAGGGUAUCCUGUUGACCCCAGUAUUGGUUUUCAGACUUGGUAUAAGGUUUCAGGUGGAAAGAAGAAAAAUGGGAGAGUGUAUUGUACUGGAGGGCAUUCCAAAAAUAUCAAGCGGCGUAGUAGAGAUUUCAAAAUGAGAUAUGCUGAUGGAGAAGGAUCAUCCACUCCACCUAUAUUAACCGCCGAAAUGCUUGAAACUGUGAGAAACUUGGCAAAUACUGAGGCAGCACAACAAGUAGCAGCAAGAAAUUUGGAAAUUGAAGAGAUGAAGAGAAAACAAUUAGAGAUGCAGGAGGAAAUGCAAAGAAGAGAAAGAGAAUUACGGGAAAAAAUGAGGAGAGAAUUUCAGGAAGAAAUGAGGAGGCAGGCACAGGAAUAUCAAGAAGCAAUGCGAAUUGCAAAUGAACGGUCACAAAGGUUUGAUCAAUUUUUUGCUUCACAAAAUAUGAGUGGUGGUGGAUUUGGAGGAACUAGUGGAUAUGGAGGAGCUGAUGAAGAAGAGGAGGAACAAGAUGGGGGGAAUAAUUAAAUUUACAUAUUUAAGUUUAUUUUUAUUUGUAUGGAACAAUUUGUGUUAAUUAUUUUGAACUUAUUUUUAAAUAUUAUUGUAAUUUUGU